AUAUUCGGGCACGAAUUCUCUGGAGGGAAGAUUUUGAGGUGACUUGUUAAAGUGAUGGUGGGGUGUUUGAGACAAGGAUAACUUACAAUAAAUAUGAAAGGUCGGCUGGAUGUCUUGGGUGACUAUUGCUUGCCUUUCCAUAGGAAGCCCUGCAGGCUGUAAAUCAUUUUUCUGCCCAAUAGCCCACCCAGCCUUCAAGAUUCUCCAUAGCAUCCCAUCGAAAAAGUAUCCAGAGAAUUUUCACGAUGUUACUCAAAACCUGGUGACCAUGGCCAGAAAUCUUCCGAUUUCCAGAGAUCUUGACCCAUAACGUUUCGAUACUUUCCCCCCUUCGAUAUGCUUCGUGACGUCGUCGUGAAUGUAUUCUGUCGGUACUUCUUCGUGCACACCGGCGAGACUGGGUUUUCACGUAUCCGACGUGUUCAAAAAAGUGACAGCAGGUCCUUCGUAAAUCACGUUAUACCCACCCGUUGCGUGAGGGAAGCAUUAUCAAGGCAUCAAGGGACCUUGGAGGGGGUGAGGGUUGAAUUCCGAAGACAAGGCGUUGAUGAAGGAGAUGAUGUACAUUUGAUAUGCACCUUGGCAGCCUUGAAUCUGGGCAGAUACGAGUAAUGGUCGUAGAUACAUGUCGGUGCCGACGAGAUGAUACCAAAAGAAACAAAACAGGUGUAGAUCUGUAUGGGGGGGGGAGUGACUGAAACGAGUUUAUGUUAUGAUGUAGCGGUGGUCGACGAUGAGGUAGUGUAUCAAAUUAUCAAUCCCGUUUUGGUAACAUUGCUCCAUCGAUAAAUCUCAUCAAGACCAACUGAUACUAAUAUUGUACUAUCCACUACCUCCGACCUAUUACCUACCUUACUAGGUAUUACCUUUUUUACUCUUCUUCUUUUUUCGGCGUUGAACUCGUUUGUUUUGAUUUUUCUUCGGUCGGAGGCAGGUAAGCAGCAGCUGUAUAUGAAAGCUGUGCUGUUACCAGCCAGCCGUUACCAUUAAAUGAUCAAAGUGUUAAUUCCUAGACACGCUGCCCAUGCCUGCCCAUACCUGCCCAUAUCGAGAAUAGCCCUUCCCGCCCUUCUCACCCGUGUGUCUCUUUUUGUAUGCACUAGGUAGUAUAUUUUGGUAUAUUUUCAAUGUUGGUAGGAUUUUUCUUCUUUUUUUUUCUUUUAAAAAGGGUCUAUUGAUCACCUCCCUUGUUACCUGGUCUAGUAUCUAGUACGGAGUAUAUUACAUUUGCGCACAGACUUCAGCCAUUAGAGAUUGGAAAAUGCGACAAUCUAACCUAUCAACAACCCGAUAGUAAAAUACUCCAAUUUCCAAAUCCACUCCACAUCUGCCUCGCUCUCCCACUCUUCAAAUUAACGAAACAUCCUCACCUAUGAUAUCGUCCGACUCGACCAUCCUCGCCGCCGCCAAAUUGUUGUGCUCGAUAAGUGCAUAGAAUAAUUACGCUGAUCAGAACCAAGAGAAGAGUGAGAAACAUCCCCACAAAUCAAUCCAUCCCGCUCUCCUCUUCGCACACCUGCUGAGUGCUGAAUAUUCAAUACUCAAUCAAUACUCCAUACUCAAUAAUUCCAAUAUUUAUUAGUCCAAUCAAAAUUUGUUCUUGUGCUGGUAUUGGUGCUGGUGCUGGUGCUGGUGCUCAUUGCUCAUCGCUCGUCGCUUGGUUCUCUUUCCCCCUCUCCACUCCUCGCUUUCUGAAUCGUAUUUUCUCUAAACGGACUUUUUCGCACAUAUUUCUCCCCUUCUCUCUCUCUCCUCUUCUUCCUCUUCUUCCCGAGGCUCAGUCCUUCUUAAAUAUUCAUGUUCUGUUAAUUUAAUUUCUACAGUACAUAAAUUGUUCAGCACACACGCUACGACGUGAUAUUGCAUCUGGCGUCGCAUACUAGGAAGAACCCUUAAAAAAAGCCAGGGAGUAGACGCUUGUGAGUGGGUAUUUGAUCUCAUGUACCCUGGUCUUACAGUAGUGGAGUAUUCCUGUACAACGAAAGGAAUUCGACGAACGAACGGCCGAACUCGCUUUGCAUAUCCAUAACGCCUGCAUACAUACAAUCCAUACAGAAGGAAGGCCCUCGAGCCUGCUAAACUAUUGGUCCCUCAGAACCUUGGUAUAAUACUUCGCAAGCGGCAGAACUUCUCUGUUUAGAUAUUGUCGUCGCAGAACUUAGGGAGUGUCCCACCCUUCUCUUCUUCAUUCGAUCCUUUUCUCUUCCCAAGAAGUGUCGUGAAAGUCUCAGAGCUGUGUUGCUCUAGGUCUUCCGCACCACGAUAAGAGCGUUGAAAGAGACUGCCCAAGCAAUUUCUUUCUCAACACCUCGAGUCGUACUAUUGCCAUACCACGAACGUUUCCCUUCGAAUACAAGGCCCGCUGAUAGCCUGGUUUGAAGCGACUCUUCUCCCGUCGAAGGGCUCUCGAUCGUAAUAAACAUUGGUGAAUGAAACACAUGCAUCCUUAAUGAUGGAUACUGAGGAUGGACAGUUCUUCAUAAAGAACUUGGCCCACUUUGUUCGUACACAUGAAAAGGCUCUCGCGAAUGCUUUACAACUACGACGUCAACAAGCUCCUAAACAUGGUUCCUCGAACAGCAUAUCUGGUGUUGUUGGAGGGUCUACCAUCCCUUCCCCAACAGUGACAAACCAGCCGUCAUCUGCCUCUUCUUCUACGACUUCUAGUACUCUAGCAGCAGCUCUCUCUCUCCCAUACCUUACCUUCGCCUCUCAUAACAUCAAACCUGCUAAGCUCGCAUUAACACCCCACCAUCUAUUCUAUCUCCUUUCCCGAAUUGAAGAGCUAGGUGUUCCAGUUGGCCCAAUGAAUGUGCGGUUAGAAAAUCUUCAUGCAGAUACAUCAGCAGCGAAUUACGUUUCUUUUCUGAGUCAAUCCCAACGUUCAAAAGGUCGUGGUUCUGACAAUGGAUCUAUUCACUCCGUGUCUAGUGUGAGAAGUGUGAUGUCUGGCAUGUCUUCUUUGUGGUCUAAUUUUGGCCUUGGAUCUGGAAACUCUGCCGCUCGAACAGAGAAACAAAAAGCUGCCACUGAAGCCGACUUGAAGUACCUGUAUUCAGCAUUUACUAAAAUUCCUUGCCUUAGACUUGCUCCAGAUCGUCGCGCGCGUUUGAUUGAAGGCUAUGAAGAAUUUCCGUUCGAUUCCGCCGUUCCACUGAUUGCCUUUAAAAAUAUUAGUGCUUUGGAGAUAAGUGAUAUCGAUAUUCGACAGUUUUUCGGUUGGGACAAGCUAGCCGAGCAAUUAAGAUCAUUGACAGUCAAAAGGGCAGGUGUUGAUGAUCUAGCUGAUCUAUUGAUCAAUAUCGUGCUGGAUGAUAUGGACAAAAGGAGGCGGCGGUCUUCCAAGGCACAGAUGUCACCAACUUCAACCUUCAUUCCCGCAUCGAGUCCAAGACGUAGCCCAACAAUGCCUCAUGCCGAGCUGAUUAAAUCCUGUUCGGCACCUGGGUCACCGGAUGGCCGCAGCCAUAUUAUUGACACUGAAACAAGAGGAUUGGCGCGUUCUGGGUCCGACGGGGCCGAGUUUGGCAAAUCUCCUACCAAGCAUGGACAAAGACCAAGAAGCAAUUCUCCCGUUCGUCCACCAAGUUCUCGUACUGGCUCUUCACAUGGCCAUCUUCGUGGCUCAUCAUACAAGGUGAAGAGAUCCGGAUCCGGGAGUUCACAUUCAAGCAUGUCUGAUAGCUGGCACAACCCGCGGAAUAGCACUUCGAAUCUGUUAUCUAUGGGUUUCCUGCCAUCUUCAAAGUGGAGAUUCUUGAAACAUCUCAGCGUUGCAGACAACGGCCUGACGGCUAUUACUGCUUCCAGCCUUGCACCUUUGGCUAACACCCUCCACUCACUUGACCUUUCUUCGAAUCUUUUCGCCCAAAUCCCCGAUUGCUUAGCGUCCCUUACCGCACUACGAGCAUUGAAUCUGUCUAACAACAUGAUUGAGUCUCUUCAUUCUCUUACUAGAAACCCUCUACCUGCUAUAUCUGCUCUUAACCUACGGUCAAAUCGUCUCACAUCACUAGCUGGGAUUGAAAGACUCUACCCUCUAGAAAGGCUCGAUCUCCGUGACAACAAGAUUACUGAUCCAACAGAACUUGCUAGAUUGACAGGUAUUCCAGAUAUUCGAGAAAUAUGGAUUAGUGGCAAUCCAUUUACCAAAACACACAGUAACUACAGGACCACGAUCUUCAACCUAUUCAGGCAAACUCCAGGAUAUACCGAGGAUAUUUUGAUUGAUGCUUAUGGACCAGGUUACACGGAAAGGCGGCACCUAGUCGAACGUGCUGCAGAACGGCCAGGUGUGCCUGUUGUCAAACCACCUCCUCCCGAUUAUGGCCUGUCCGCUAUUGAGGUCAACAAACCAAUUAUCGAAUAUGCUGCACCGAGAGAACCUGCAGUACUUCGAAAAGAACGACCAACACCCGUUGCUGCGACUAGUGAAAUCAACACUGGCACUACAGGUCGAAGAAGAAGAACUCCAAAACGACGAAUCGUAGAUUUAUCGACUUCAGAAACGUCACCAAGCAAGCAGGGAUUGACCCGCGUUGUAAUGCCAGAGGAACCACCACCAUCUAUGCCGCGAACAGUGUCAGAUAGUAGCUAUGGCAUAAGUCCAGUUUUUUCUCCUACGAUUCUUCCUUCCUAUGUACCUUCAGAACCCCGCCAGGCCCAGAGACAGCCGGAUGUCUCACGUAUCAACACCUCAGUUUUGCCUCGUCUACCUCCAAUGCCGUCGGUAGAAGCGGUAAAUUACGAAACGGCAAUCAAGCCACAGCCAGUAAAGACUCCAGAUACCCCUGACUGGAACAUGAGCGGUGAGCUAUAUCGGAAGAAGAUAGAAGCUCUAAGAAAUGAUGUUGGGCAAGGAUGGUUGAGUGUGUUAAGCGAAGAAGGUUGGGAGGCUCAAAAGAAAAGUCAGCCGCCUGGAUAUCAGACUUCCGAAUAUGAAUCAGCAAAUACUAUGAGACCGGGCCCUACAAUUAGGGCAGUCAGUCAACAGACGAUACACAGCGGUCGCACUCUGGGUUGAAGUGCAGAAACCAAAAGCGAAUUUUUUUCAUGCAGAUACAAAAUCAGAAUGGCUCGACAUUUAAGAGUACAUUGGUCGAGUGGCUGGAAGGGAAUGUGGUCCCUGCGGAUGAAGGAUCAUUGCCAACAUUGACUGUGGUUAAGUUAGAAGGAAGUGAGAGAAGAGGAACUUGUUUAUUUUGAUACCCCAAACCCAUUCUUCAUCGUUUUUAAGAAAAUUGCAUGAAGGACGACUCUACUCUCGAUAUAAAAGGACACAUUGCAUGAAAGAGGCACUUAUUUUCUACUUUUAUUUAUUUAUUUUUCUGGCUCGAAUUCUUUAUCAUCAAUGAGAGCAUGCAUAGCGUUUAGGUUGGAGGUUCAUUUGCUGUUUUUAUAUUUUUCCUUAACGAAUCAAUGAUGGAUUGGAACAGAAAAAAUUUCGGCUUCUUCGAGAAUGAAUGAAUGGAUUAUGUUACUAGAUCUUGAGAGAGAGAAUGGAAGAGAGAAAUCUUCAGUCAGAGAGAAGCAAUGACAUGUUUGUAACAUAUCGGUUUUUUCGUGCGUGGAGUUUUAUGGUUAGGGAAUACUUUUUCAUUUCACCUACUCACGGUUUGAUAUUUGAGAUGGAUGGAUGGGUCGGGGCGUUUGAAGUCACGAGUAAUUACUGGUCUGCCUGACCUGACAUGAUUGAACUGGGAUCUGGAUGGUGGGAGCAUUUACACGAAUAGUGGAUGUGCUUAAGACGGAGGGGCGGAGGUGGAAGGCUUAUGUCAAUGGGUUAUGUUCAAAAAGGAGCAAGUGAAAGUGGUCGAUUCAAGUUUUGGGUUGGGGGGAGCAGAAGGGGGGAGGGAUAGGGAAGAGAAUGAGCCUAGGA